AUGAAGAAGGAAGAGGAAGGGGAAGAAGAAGGAAGAAGAAAGAAAAGGGAAGAAGAGGAAAGAAGAAGGAAGGGGAGGAGGAAGAAGAAGGGGAAGCAGAGGAAGAACGGGAAGAAGAGGAAGAAGGGGAAGAAGGGGAAGAAGAGGAAGAAGGGGAAAGAGGGGAAGAAGAGGAAGAAGGGGAAAGAGGGGAAGAAGAGGAAGAAGGGGAAGAAGAGGAAGAAGGAUGAAGAAGGAAGAGGAAGGGGAAGAAGAAGAAAGAAUAAGAAAGAAAAGGGAAGAAGAGGAAAGAAGAAGAAGGGGAAGAAGGGGAAUAAGAAGAAGAGGAAGAAGGGGAAGAAGGGGAAGAAGGGGAAGAAGAGGAAGAAGGGGAAGAAGAGGAAGAAGGGGAAGAAGGGGAAGAAGAGGAAGAAGAGGAAGAAGGGGAAGAAGGGGAAGAAGAGGAAGAACAGGAAGAAGGGGAAGAAGAGGAAAAAGGGGAAGAAGAGGAAGAAGAGGAAGAAGGGGAAGAAGAGGAAGAAGGGGAAAAAGGGGAAGAAGAGGAAGAAGGGGAAAAAGGGGAAGAAGGGGAAGAAGGGGAAGAAGAGGAAGAAGGAAGAAGGGGAAGAAGAGGAAGAAGGGGAAGAAGGGAAAGAAGAGGAAGAAGGGGAAGAAGAGGAAGAAGUGAAGAAGAAGGAUGAAGAAGGAAGAGGAAGGGGAAGAAGAAGGAAGAAGAAAGAAGAGGAAAGAAGAAGAAGGAAGAGGAGGAGAAAGAAGAAGGGGAAGAAGGGGAAGAAGAGGAAGAAGAGGACGAAGGGGAAGAAGGGGAAGAAGACGAAGAAGAGGAAGAAGAGGAAGAAGGGGAAGAAGAGGAAGAAGGGGAAGAAGAGGAAGAAGGGGAAGAAGAGGAAGAAGAGGAAGAAGGGGAAGAAGGGGAAGAAGAGGAAGAAGAGGAAGAAGUGA